AACCGAUUUUGUGAAAGUUCCUGCUUUGUUGACUGUUGGAUUGUUGUACGUAGUGGUUUAGCCAUUUUGAAUAUCUAAAAGUGACAUAAUGUCUGAUAAAUUGGAUAUGUCUCUAGAUGAUAUAAUUAAACAAAGUAAAGGCCAAUUCAGAUUAAGAGGGCGAGGAGGAGGAAGGGGCCGAGGAUCAAGAGGCCGAACGCGUGGUAGUUUUGCCGGCAAUCCAAUACGACCUAGAACAAACAGAGGCCGUUCUCGACCUCUGCCGUAUUCAAGACCAAAAGAGAUACCAGAUAGAUGGCAGCAUGAUCUGUUUGAUGGCGGAGUCAGUCAGCGAGCUGGCCUUACAACAGGUGUUACAAAGCUUUUAGUAUCUAACUUAGAUUAUGGAGUUUCAGAUGGUGAUAUAAAGGAACUUUUUGCUGAAUUUGGUCCUUUAAGAAAGGCUGCAGUACAUUAUGACAGAUCUGGAAGGUCAUUAGGAACUGCAGAUGUGAUCUUUGAAAGGCGAUUAGAUGCUGUUAAAGCAAUGAAGCAGUAUAAUGGAGUGCCUCUAGAUGGUAGGCCUAUGAACAUUCAGAUUGCAAGCUCUACCAUUCCUAGUCCAAACAGAGGAAGAAGUGGAAACAGUCAAAGGAACUUUAACAGGGGUCGUCAAAGUGGAAGCUCACGGGGUAGGCAAGGAGGGAGAGGUGGAGCUCCACGAAAAGUGCCCACAGCAGAAGAACUGGAUGCUGAAUUAGAUGCAUAUGUAAAUAAAAUGGAAUGAUGAUUUGCUAUAAGAAGAAAUAAGAAAAACGAAAAUGUCAUCAAUAUUGGCUACAAAAAGUAUUCAUAUCUAAAACAGUGUAGCCAGAUUUUCAUUACAGUGUUUGUUAUCUGUUUCAAAACUGAAUUUUAAAUCAUUCUGUAUGACCAUCAUCAUCCUGACUUAUUAGUUAUGGAAAUAUGGCUCCUGUGUAAACUGAAUACUUUUUAUUUUCAUCACAUCAUGCAAAAACAGUCUGUAACUGAUCUUGAGUGACUGUGUUCAUUAAAAGCUCAUUUUAAUAAC